CUGACAUGCAUAGCAUUAUUGCAUGUGUUCAGAGCUUAAUUAAAUCGCUGCCAUGGCCGCGCGUGCGCCUCACCCCCACAUCGUCAUCCUGCCGUUCCCCGGCCAAGGCCACGUCAAGCCGAUGCUCAUUUUAGCCGAACUUCUAAGCCGAUCAAGCCUCGCCGUCACCGUCGUCAACACCGACCACAACCACCGCCGCCUCGUCGCCGGCGGCGGUACGGACACCGCCGGAGGGAUUGACUUUCUUUCCAUCCCCGACGGCUUGCCGCCGGAGCAUCCGCGGAUUGGUACUUCCGUCGCCGAUUUGCUCUUCUCCAUUCCCAAAUUCACCAAGCCGAUCUUCAAAAGCUUGAUUUCAUCCAUGCGCCGACCUCCGGCUUGCGUCAUCAGCGAUGCAAUCAUGUCCUUCGCCAUUGACGUCGCCGGCGAGCUCGGGAUUCCGGCGAUGACGUUUCGAGUUUGCAGCGCCGCUGGUUGCUGGAUUAAUUCUCAUCUUCAGCAUCUCGUCGAAGCCGGCGACAUUCCGGUUCGCGAAGGAAGUGCAGAUAUGGACAGCCUACUCUCAUUCAAAAUUCCAGGUCUGGAAAACGUGAUUAGGCGCCGAGAUCUGCCGCACAUAUGUCGGUUAUCACCAGACAAUCCGUACCUGCAAUUCGAGAUUAGCCAGACCUCAAAAUCAAGCAAAGCUUCUGCUCUCAUAAUCAACACGUUCGAAGAACUCGAAGCUCCAAUUAUCGCUCAUCUACGCUCAAUUUUCCCUGCGGUUUAUGCAAUUGGACCAUUGCACGCUUCCUUGAGCUCUAUUUCUCCCAAUCGAAGGUGUUCAUGUUCAUCCAGUUUGAUCCAAACCGAACGUACCUGUAUGAACUGGCUUGAUUCUCAGCCGUCCAAAUCGGUGCUGUACAUUAGCUUCGGCAGUCUCACUGAAUUAACCAGAGAGCAACUGAUGGAGUUCUGGCACGGGAUAAUCAACAGCGAGAAGAGAUUCCUGUGGGCGAUUAGGCCUGAUUUGAUAAUCGAUGAAGAUGAGAUUCCUGAGGAGCUGAAAAACAGCACUAAGGAGAGGGGAUUCAUGGCAGGAUGGGUGCCACAGGAGGAAGUUCUAGAACACGAAGCAGUUGGCGGUUUCUUAACACACUGCGGAUGGAAUUCAACCAUUGAAAGCAUUUCUGCAGGCAAAUCGAUGCUCGGCUGGCCCUGUUUUGUCGAUCAGCUAGUGAAUUCUCGAUGUGUCGAGGAAUUGUGGAAUCUAGGGAUUGAUAUCAAGGACAUUAACGACAGAUCAACCAUUGAGAGAAUGGUGCGUAAUUUGAUGGAAGGAAAGCAAGAACAUAUCACAAAAUCGACUGCUGAGCUUGCUCGAUUGGCUCGCGAUUCUGUCCGCGAAGGCGGAUCGUCGCAUCGGAAUUUCAUGGAGCUUGUUCAAGCCAUUAGAUUGCUGCAUUCUACCAAGGAUUGCUUGCAGACGAGAGAAUAGGACAAUAUUCGCUGCAGAAGACAUAAAAGAAGAUGGUUCAGAUCUCCAAUUUGAGACUUGGCUUCAAAGGAAGAGAAGUAUUCUUACUAUACACACAUAUCCAAUACAUAAUGAUAGCAAUAAUCAUAUCAUUGGUUACAACACAGCCCCCUUUUCCCACCUCAAGCAAUUCAUGUAAUCAUCAUGUCUUAUUUAUGUAUAUUGUUAUUACGAUGAAUUAGUAUAUUAGUCACGAGGCUGAUAAUACUUCAAAUAUCAUCAGAUUUUACGUAAUAAAUAAAUAAACAAUACACUUUAUGUUAAUAUGAUAUGCUAAUAUAAUAGCCCAUAUACCAUAGGAUGUGUUUACUUUAAAUGAUUAUGAUGAAUAAUAUUAUUUUAUUAUAUCUAAUCAUAUGUUUAGUAUAAUGAAUUAAAGUAUUUAAAGUAAACGUAUAUACAUUAUUACAAUAUGCUAACUAGAGCCAAUCAGCAUCAUGCCUAACAAACCUAGAUCAGCACCAUAACUAGUCCUUUUAUUUUUUUAAUCAGAACCCACAAUUCUUGGCACCAAUAUAAAUCACAAUUCCUAUCCCUAUCUCUAAAAUUCCAUUCUGAUUCUGACAAUCAAAUGGGCUUUAAACUCUUCUCAUUUAGCAGCUUCUGGUAUUCAUAUUUAGCAAAGCUAUUUCCAGGCUGGCCUGAUCACCAAACCCCCUACGACUACUCUUUCUCUCUAUUCUUAGUUUUUCUGCUCAC